UAUACAAAUUUAUUUGUAUAAAUAGAUCAUAUAAUAUGGCAGAAAAAGAUUAUUCACCAUUGAGUAUUCAAGUUGUGCGUGGCUUAAAUGAUAAACUUUAUGAGAAGCGGAAAACUGCAGCUUUAGAGAUAGAGAGAAUGGUAAAAGAAUUUCAGUCCAAUAACGAAGUGAAGCAGAUUCAGAAACUUAUUACCAUAUUAACAAAUGAAUUUGCAGUAUCCCACAACCCACACAGUCGCAAGGGUGGUCUCAUUGGAUUGGCUGCAACGGCCAUUGCUCUUGGCAAGGAUGCCACCUUUUAUCUGUCCAGUUUAGUUCCACCAGUGCUUUCUUGUUUUUGUGAUCAAGAUAGCCGAGUUCGAUACUAUGGAUGUGAAGCAUUAUAUAACAUUGCAAAAGUAGCACGUGGAUCAAUUCUUCCAUUUUUUAAUGAAAUUUUUGAUGGAUUAAGCAAGCUAGCAGCUGACCCUGACCCAAAUGUGAAAAAUGGUGCAGAAUUAUUGGACCGAUUGAUUAAGGAUGUAGUCAUGGAAAGUUCAAGUUUUGAUCUAGUCUCUUUUGUACCAAUUUUAAGAGAAAGGAUAUACACAACUAAUCCACAUGCAAAGCAAUUUCUUGUGUCGUGGCUUUCUGCAUUGGAUGCUGUUCCUGAGUUAGAUCUUCUUGUUCAUCUACCUGAAUUUCUAGACGGACUAUUCAACAUAUUCAGAGACAAAAGUGGAGAAAUUAGAAAAAUGUGUGAGUUUAUACUUGGAGAAUUUCUUAAAGAUAUAAAGAAGAAUCACACAAAUGUAAAUUACGCCGCCAUGGUCAACAACCUGGUGCAUCAUUCACAAUCAGAAGAUGAGAUUAUCCAAUUUACUGCCAUCACAUGGUUGAAAGAAUUUGUUACGUUGUCAGGCAGAACUAUGCUGCCAUUUUGUGCUUUGAUUUUGACAUCUAUACUGCCGUGUGUUUCAUUUGAUGCAAAAAAACAGCACAUCAGAGAAGCAGCAAAGUCUGUUAACCAAGGUCUGAUGCGUUUAAUCACAACAGAGGAUGAUAUAGAUGGAACCGAAAAAGAAAUAUUAUCAAAAGUUACUGCUGCUUCACAGUUAGAUUUAGGUCGAGUAGUGGACGUUUUAACAAGACAGUUAUCACAUAGAGAAAUUAGCACUAGACUUACUGUUUUACAAUGGGUUCGUCAGUUGCACAUGAAGACACCACAUAGGUUAUUCAAUCAUAUGGAGCAACUUUUUCCAGCUUUAGUGAAAACUGUUUCUGAUGAAUCAGACGAAGUAGUUCUUCUGGAUCUUGAAGUGCUAGCCGAUAUAUCUGCUUCAUCAGCUGGUCCACCACGUAAACAUAAUACAUCAUCACUGGAAACUGCUGAUUCGCCAUUACAUCAUCAUAUGCUGAAUAUAUACUUUACAAAAUUUAUGCACAACUUGUUAAGGAUAUUUAAUUCAAAAAGACAGUUACUAGAUGAUCGAGGACCGUUUAUUAUUAGGCAUUUGUGUGUGUUACUUAAUGCGCAGAACAUAUAUUGCGCACUGGCAGAAAUUCUUCAGAAAGAAAAAGAAGACCUACAGUUUGCUUCAUUGAUGGUGAAUAAUCUAAACAUGAUACUCCUUACAUCCAGUGAAUUAUUUGAACUACGACAGAAAUUAAAAGACCUUCACAAUGAGGAUAGUUGUAACUUAUUCACGUGUCUGUAUCGUUGUUGGUGUCACAAUCCAGUGGCUACAGUGUCACUAUGUUUUCUUGCGCAGACGUAUAAACAUGCUUGUGAUUUACUCUUAAAGUUCGGUAAUCUUGAAGUCAAUCCUGAAUUUCUAACACAAAUCGACAAGCUAGUUCAAAUGAUAGAAUCUCCGAUAUUUACAUUUCUUCGUUUGCAGUUACUGGACACUGAUCGUAAUUACUUCUUAUUGAAAGCAUUAUAUGGACUUCUAAUGUUGCUACCACAGAGUGCUGCAUUUAAAAUGCUACGCAAUCGAUUAGACUGCGUACCUAAUGUACAUCAACUACCUCCUGCAUUAAAAGACCACACACUGUCUAAAGGCAAGGAUUACGACGUACGCAAAGCCAUCCGAAAAGUGGAAUUCAGUGAACUUCUAGAUCAUUUUAUUCAAAUUCAAAAGACACACGCAGCAGCCAGAAAAACGAAAAUGACGAACAAAAGUCGAAUUUUACGUGAUAUUUCCCAAUGAUGUUGAUAAGAAGUUUUAGGAUUUUCUAAGUUAAAUCGAUACAAUCUAUAUAUUUCUAAAUUAAAUCGAUGCGAAAUUAACGAGUUUUUUUCUAAAUUAUAUCCCUAAAAAAUUUACGAAAUAUUUCCCUGUUAGAAUAUUAUAUCUGUUUGAAAUACCGUAUUUGUUUCGGCUUUGUUAGGCUAUCACAUAUUUUUCUUAUGUUAACUCAUUUUCUAGAAAUAAUAAUUGUAUAUAUUGAAAAUAGUGUUUAAAUACCGCUCAUAGAACUGUUUUUUCAAGAAAUCAUAUUUUACCAUAUUUUGAUGUAACGGUGCAUUCAUAAGUAUUUUUUAUAAGGAAAUAGAACUCUUAAAAUGUAAAGAGAGUUCAGUAUGGGACUAAAAGAAUAAAAUAUUACCGAUUGUGAAAAUAAUUUCUAUUAAGUGAGAGCUUUAGUGCCAAAUUCGCUGUAAAAUCAUCAUUUGAAAACCUUCAAAGCGAUAAAAGGACGUUAUAAUGUUUCUUCUCAAAAUUGGUAAGAGAGCUUAUCUUCGGAGGUUAUUCUGUUCUUUUAAAGCAAAACAAGUGUAUGAGUCUCUCCAUUUUUACAUGGAUGUUAAACAAAGCUAAAACAAGGGAUAGCGGUGUGAAGCUUAUUAAAUUAUGGUAAUGUACGGUAUCAGAAGUGAAUUUUCUACAGGAAAAAAUAAUAUUUGAGAGGUUGCUAAAAUUGAUAUAUAUUACAAUGUCUUCUGCAUUUAUGUUCAUUCCAUGAAAGAUGGUUAUUGAUGCAAUGUGAUAUCUUCAGCGGUUUACUCCAAAGUUUUUUUUUGGACCCCCUUCUCUAUAUAAUAUUUUUGCACUAUUGACAAUCUCCUUUCUAGGUUAAGACAAGUAUUUUCUUUAAAACAUUACUUUUAAAUUAUUUCGCUUCUUGAAACGUUUUUUAUAUAUAAUACAGUAACUAUUUUGUAACUAAAUGUGUUUUGCAUUCCACAAGAACCUCUUUUGAAGUGAAGCUGCAACCCUGGACAUAAUAUUUGCGGAAGUUGUCGUUGGUUGGUUGGAAAAAGUUUUACUUUAGGGGGUAUGUACACAAAAAAAUUUAAAGGAAUCUGCUCGAUAGGCCGAAAAUAUCCUAAAAAUCUGGAAAUAGGGACAUAUUAACAUAUUAUAAAAAAGCACUAUAUAACAUUUUGGAUGUUUGUUUGUUGAUCAUUGAACAUGGUGUUAUCGAUUGCUUCCUCUAAAAUAUGUCCUGGGUUGUACUUGCUAAGUCACUUAAUUAAGUGUUAUUUUUUUAGAUAUCAAAUAUCAAUAAUUUAAUAAUUCUUUAUUUUUUUGUUAACCUAACUUGCUUGAUUAAAUAACAU